UUGGUAAUAUGAAUUACUAUAUAUGAAUUAUAUUUAUUAUAUUUUAUAAAAUUCUAUAUGAAUUAAUAUUUUCUUAAGAUUUCUAGUAAUAUUGAAAUUUUUGUAUCACUACUACGAUCAUAUAAAGAGGUUUCGACACUCGCUAGAGAAAAUCGUCCGAAAAUUGAGUCGUGUUUAGUCGUGAAAAAUCAUCAUGGAAGCUCAAUAAAAUCCAAGUUCUUGUAAGACAGACAGGCUCCUUGUCUUCCAUGCUGAUUUUUUACAGGUAAUCAAACUCGGUUUUCCCUAAGCUUCAGUAUUAUAUGAGUGUCAAGAGUCGAGAAUUUUUUAGAAAAUCAUGAUUAAUACCGUCAGAAAUGUCAGAGCUACUGUCACUUAACAUCCUAUAUUGUGUGAAUCUGUCCUUAAGAAAAUAUCUUAAGAAUAAUUUUAAAAUAUUCAUUAUUUAAUGUAUUUAUUCAUAUGUUUAUAAAGGUAAUGAUCUUCUAUUUAAAAGAGGAUAUGUAUAUAAAUAUAUGUAUAGAUCGUGAAGAUUUGAAGUUCUACACUUAAAAUUGAUAUACAUACAGAUUUCAACCUUAAAAAUGUUUUGUGUUUGGUUGAAGUAUUAAUUUCAUAAUUUAUUAAACUUAAUAACAUAUAUGAUAUAAUCUUUUGCAUAUCAUGAUAUAAACAUACCAUGAAAAGAAUAAAACUUAAGCCUAAGAAUCCAAACCCACUGUUUGAGCUCUGGUUAGAAGAAUGGAGAAAAGAGGCUGCAUCGAGAAAUUCCGACUUGCAAUAUCAUUUUUCGAGAGCACUCGCUGCAUUAAAAAAAUAUCCCUUGCCAUUAAAAUCUGGGAAGGAUUGUAUAAUAUUGCAACACUUUGGCACAAAAUUAUGCUUCAUGUUAGAUAGAAAACUCAAAGAAUAUAAAGCUCAAAAUAAUGACUCAACAAGUGUGAAGAAUGUUUGCAAGCACUGCAGUUUUAACGAACAACCUGUAUUUAAAAGGAAACACAGAUCACAACAAAUUAUUGUGGACGCAGAUUUUGUACCUGAAAAAACAGACCUAACAACAUUUGAUGACUUAAAUUUAUCAACUUGGAAUAUAGAAAAUUAUGCUGCUUUAUUGAUAUUAUAUAAGAAAACACAAGACUCAUGUUAUUUAGGAUAUACUACAGAAACAGAUCUACUUUUGGAAAUGAAACAGUUAUGUGGGCAUGAAGCAAAAACUUCAGUCUUAGAUUUGUUUGAAUGUGGAUUAAUUUCUAUGAUAGGUAGACCAAUUAGGUAUAAUCUUACAGAGCAUGGUAUAAGUAUUUCAAAGAAGAUAUGUGAAAUUACAACUACUGAUGUAAUAUCAUUAAAUUCUUUUGAAGUAUUAAAUAGAAUUCAAAUCUCAUUAAAACCUUUGAUUACACAGAAAUCUAAGUUAAUAAAAGAUUCAGCUGAUCUUAAUAAUAGGAAUGAGGAUACGCAAAUAUUUAUACAAUCUGGUAAGGACAUACAAACCAAGAAUUUAAAUGAACCUCCAACAAUGUAUAAGUCUAAAUCAGUAGAAACUAUUACUAUUCAAAAUCACUGCCAACAACCUGAUAAGAAUUUUGUAAAACAAAAAUCGAAGGAAAAUAUUGUCUACCCAAAAAAAGUGCAAGAAAAAACGAAAGAAGUAAAAGAUAUGAAUCAUGUAUAUAAUUUAGAAAAUAAUGAAACAGAUUUUACAGAUGAUUUUCAAAGAAACUAUUAUUUAGAAUCGAGCAAUUUCGAUAUAAUACUAUUAGUAGAUACACAAGAGACUGCUGGUGGUAGGACAGAACCUCAACAUGAUGCUACUAUCACAGGACUAACAGAGUUUGGUGUUUCAUUUGAGAUACGUCAUUUAAAAGUUGGUGAUUUUGCAUGGAUUGCUAGGUGUAGAAGAAAUAAAAAUAAUGAAUUAAUCUUACCCUUUAUAGUAGAAAGGAAACGAAUAGAUGAUUUAAGUGCAAGUAUUACAGAUGGAAGAUUUCAUGAACAAAAGUUUAGAUUAAAGCAAUCUGGAAUUACAAAUCUUAUAUACAUAAUUGAAGAUUAUGAGAAGGGUCAAAGAUUGACAAUACCACAUUCAUCAUUAAUGCAAGCUUCCAUUAAUACUUUGAUACAAGAUGGUUUCUCUGUAAAAUAUACUAAGAAUCAUAAAGAUUCUAUGUUUUAUUUGUCAUCAUUAACUAGAAUAUUAAUAAAAAUUUUCAAAGAAAAAAACUUGGUAGGUUGUAAAAAAGAAGUUAUCACACGAACAAAUAUUUUAAAUAAUACCUGUAGUCUCAUGGUAUUUGAAGAAUUUAAUAAAGCAGCUUCUAAACAAAAGGUUUUUAAAGUAAAUCAAAUGUUUGUCCGCCAACUACUACAGUUAAAAGGAAUGUCCAUAGAUAAAGCCUUGGCAAUUGUAGAACAUUAUCCAACUCCCCGAUUACUAGUUGAAGCUUUUCAGAAGUCUGAUUGCAAUGGCGAGUUAUUAUUAGCUGCUAUUGAAUUUGGUGAUAAAAAACGUCUUAUAGGAUCAGUAAUUAGUAAAACAAUUUAUCAAUUGUAUAUGAAAAAAGAUCUAAACUGAUAACUGAAAUUUUACACGAAUAAAGACAUAAAUGAAUAUUAUAUGUACAAAAAAUGAACAAAAUUUUAUACAAUACUAAUAUAGAGAAUAAUAUUUUUAUAGAAUUA